AAUAAUUUGUCAUUGAAUGAUUCUUCUUUCAUUUCAACUAACUGAGCAAAACAUUACCAUCUUGCAGUGAGCAUCUUAAGCUUGUUGAUCAAUUUCCACAAUUCAAAAACAGAAAAUAGAAAAAGAAAAAAAAAAAAAAAAAACACCAUGUCCAUGAGAGAGUUGGUUGGUGGAGCGUUUCUUUCAUCAUUCUUUCAAGUGGCUCUUGAGAAAUUGUCUUCCAAUGAUUUCAUUGACUAUUUCCGUAGAAGCAAACUUGAUGUUAAUCUGCUGGAGAAACUUCUAAUAACACUCAAUUCUAUCAACCAUGUGUUGGAAGAAGCGGAGAUGAAGCAAUACCAAAGCAUGUACGUGAAGAAGUGGCUUGAUGAUCUUAAACAUUAUGCAUAUGAGGUUGACCAGCUGUUAGAUGAGAUUGCAACUGAUGCACCACUGAAGAAGCUGAAAGCUGAAUCUCAACCUUCUACUAGCAAGGUAUUCGACUUCUUUUCAUCUUUCACUAAUCCAUUUGAAUCUAGGAUUAAAGAAUUGCUAGAGAAGCUAGAAUUUCUUGCAAAGCAAAAGGAUAUGCUCGGAUUGAAACAUGAGGCUUUUGCUAGUAGUGAAGGUGGCGUUAGUUGGAAACCCUUAGAUAGAUUUCCAACUACAGCUUUGGUGGAUGAAUCGAGCAUAUAUGGUAGAGAUGGUGACAAGGAGGAGUUAAUUGAUUUUUUACUGUCUGACAUAAACAGUGGCAAUCAUGUACCAAUAAUCAGCAUAGUGGGUCUCGGUGGAAUGGGUAAGACCACUCUUGCUCAGCUUGCGUACAACGACCACAGGAUGCAGGAGCAUUUUGAACUUAAAGCUUGGGUCUAUGUUUCAGAAACUUUUGAUGUUGUUGGACUCACCAAAGCAAUUAUGAGCUCAUUUCACUCUUCAACAGAUGCUGAAGAGUUCAAUCUACUCCAAUAUCAACUGCGGCAGAGACUAACAGGUAAGAAAUAUCUUCUUGUUUUGGAUGAUGUCUGGAAUGGGAGUGUGGAAUGUUGGGAGCGCUUACUACUUCCCUUAUGCCAUGGAUCUACUGGAAGUAAAAUUAUUGUUACAACACGUAACAAGGAGGUGGCAUCUAUCAUGAAGUCCACCAAGGAGCUUAAUUUAGAGAAAUUGAAGGAGAGUGAAUGUUGGAGUAUGUUUGUGAGACAUGCUUUUUACGGAAGGAAUGCAAGUGAAUAUCCAAAUCUUGAAUCUAUUGGUAAGAAAAUUAUAGGCAAGUGUGGAGGGUUGCCAUUAGCUGUAAAAACUUUGGGAAAUCUCUUGCGAAGAAAGUUUUCUCAACGUGAUUGGGUUAAGAUAUUGGAGACAGAUAUGUGGCGUUUAUCAGAGGGCGAGAGUAACAUUAAUUCAGUACUGAGAUUGAGUUACCAUUGUCUCCCUUCUAUUCUUAAGCGUUGCUUUUCUUAUUGUUCCAUAUUUCCUAAAGGUUACAGUUUUGGAAAGGGUGAACUAGUCCAGCUUUGGGCAGCAGAUGGUUUGUUGCAGUGCUGCGGAAUUGACAAAAGUGAACAAGAUUUCGGUAAUGAAUUAUUCGUUGAUCUAGUAUCAAUUUCAUUUUUCCAGCAAUCAACAGAUGGUAGUACGAAGUUUGUAAUGCAUGAUCUUGUCAACGAUUUAGCAAAAUCAAUGGUAGGAGAGUUUUGCUUGGCGAUACAGGGCGAUAAGGAGAAAGAUGUCACUGAAAGGACACGUCACAUUUCGUGUUCUCAAUUUCAAAGAAAAGAUGCUAAUAAAAUGACACAGCAUAUUUAUAAGACAAAGGGAUUACGUAGUUUACUGGUAUACCUAAACUCUGAUGUUUUCCACCAGAACAUAAGCAACGCGAUACAGCAAGAUUUGUUUUCAAAGCUAAAAUGUUUGCGGAUGUUAUCAUUGAAUGGUUGUAUCCUUCCAAAGUUAGAUGAUGAGGUAAGCAAUUUAAAGCUUUUGCGUUAUCUAGACCUAUCUUACACAAGAAUUGAAAGUUUGCCUGAUUCCAUUUGUAACCUAUAUAAUUUACAAACACUGCUAUUGAAAAAUUGUCCAUUGACUGAGCUCCCUUCAGAUUUUUACAAACUUAGCAAUUUACAUCAUCUUGAUCUGGAAAGAACUCACAUAAAGAUGAUGCCAAAAGAUAUAGGGAGGCUAACCCAUCUUCAGACGUUGACUAAAUUUGUUGUGGUAAAGGAGCAUGGGUAUGAUAUUAAGGAGUUGACGGAACUCAACCAGCUUCAAGGGAAACUUUGUAUUUCAGGGUUAGAAAAUGUCAUUAUUCCUGCAGAUGCUCUAGAAGCAAAAUUAAAAGAUAAGAAGCAUUUGGAAGAAUUACAUAUCAUAUACAGUGACAAUGCCACUAGAGAAAUCAAUAACUUGAUAAUUGAAAGGGAAAUGACUGUCUUGGAGGCCCUUGAACCAAAUAGUAACCUUAAUAUGCUGACCAUCAAACACUAUCGAGGCACUAGCUUUCCAAACUGGCUUGGGGGUAGUCAUUUGUUCAAUUUAGAAUCUCUGGAUCUGGUAGGAUGUGAAUUUUGUUCCCAUUUGCCACCAUUUGAGUUGUUUCCCUAUCUCAAGAAGCUUUAUAUUUCAGGUUGUCAUGGAAUAGAGAUCAUUAAUUCAUCAAAUGAUCCAUUCAAGUUUCUCGAAUUUUUGUAUUUUGAGAACAUGUCCAAUUGGAAGAAAUGGUUAUGUGUUGAGUGUUUCCCUUUGCUUAAACAGCUUUCUAUAAGAAAUUGUCCCAAAUUGCAAAAAGGUCUACCCAAAAACCUUCCUUCUCUGCAACAAUUGUCGAUUUUUGAUUGCCAAGAGUUAGAGGCUUCAAUUCCCGAGGCUUCUAAUAUUGAUGACCUACGAUUGGUGAGAUGUAAAAACAUUUUGAUAAAUAAUCUGCCAUCAAAAUUGACACGGGUCACCCUAACAGGAACUCAACUCAUUGUGUCUUCCCUGGAGAAACUUCUAUUCAACAAUGCCUUUCUUGAAAGUUUGUUUGUUGGUGACAUCGAUUGUGCAAAACUAGAAUGGUCUUGUUUGGAUUUGCCUUGCUAUAAUUCUCUUCGCACACUCUUUAUAGGUGGCUGCUGGCACUCCUCAAUUCCAUUUUCCCUACACUUGUUCACCAAUCUUAAAUAUUUAAGUUUGUAUGAUUGUCCACAACUAGAGUCAUUUCCUAGGGAAGGGUUGCCUUCCUCCCUGAUCAGCCUUGAAAUAACAAAGUGCCCAAAACUAAUUGCUUCGAGAGGGGAGUGGGGUUUAUUCCAACUUAAUUCUCUUAAAAGUUUCAAGGUUAGCGAUGACUUUGAAAAUGUGGAGUCUUUCCCAGAGGAGAAUCUACUGCCACCAACUCUUAACUAUUUUCAAUUGGGAAAAUGUUCAAAGUUAAGAAUAAUAAACUUCAAGGGUCUUCUCCACCUUGAAUCUCUCAAAUCUUUAUCUAUUCGACAUUGCCCCAGUCUUGAACGCUUGCCAGAGGAGGGUCUUCCCAACUCCCUUUCUACAUUGGAGAUUCGGAAUUGUCAAUUACUUGAGCAGAAGUACCAAAAGGAGGGAGGAGAGUGUUGGCAUACAAUUCGUCACAUCCCUAUUGUUAUCAUACUGGAUGAUUAGCUGCUGAAAAUAACAGGGUGACCACAGACAGGUGUUGAUUGGGUCAGCUAAAUUUCAUAUUCUUGUACACACCAUGGGUUUACUGGGUUUACUGCUGCUGUAAAGAAAAAAAGAAGAGAGAAUGACGUAAGGAUUACAGAAGGUAAACCAAUAAGCCAACACCAAGGACUAUAAUGGAGUAAUAGGGAAGCUAUAAUGUAGCUAUAAGAGAGAUGACUUAUUGUACCAUAUGUGUAUUAAAAUAUUCUUUCACUCUGAUUUGGAAUCAAUCAUUAAAAUCAUUUCUUCUUUUCAUUUGCAA